UAAUACACCGUGUAAAUUGUCAACAAAGCUAGCAAAGUCCAACAAAAAAAUAAUAAAAAUAGAGUCUGAAGAAGAUAGAAAAUAAGAUCUCCUUUGAAUUAAUAAGAUAUCAUCAUGUCAUAACAGUUUGUACUUUGUAAAUAUAUAUUGAUUUGAGAACAUGUCAAAUAAGAGUUUUUCAGUAUUGCCGAAAUUCUUCGGAAACUUAGUUGGGACUUCCCCACCCACUGAAAAAUCUAUUGAGGGAAUAUCACGGGGAUUCGAGCUGUUCGUUCAGUCAGUUCACAGAGCAAAAAACAAAUAUGAUGAGCAACAGAUUGUCAACAGGGAAUUGCAGACAAUAAAGUCAAGUAUAGGAGAUGCAUCUCAGGCUCAGAUGAGGGACUACCUCUGGAGGCUGGUAUAUGCUAGGAUGAUAGGUUAUGAUGUGGAGUUUGGUUGCAUUGAAGGUGCAAAGCUUGCCGGACGUAUGGAUCCUAUUGACAGUAAAACAGGUUUUAUGAUCAGUUGUCUUCUAAUGAACCGAACUGAUGAAAUCACCUUGCUACUUAUGUGUACAUUCCAAAAGAAUAUAACCAGCUCUAACCUUCUAGAAAUAUUAAUGGGUUUGUCAGCAUGUAGUCAGCUGACAGCAGUUCAUUCAAUACCCUACAUUCUAGAUGGAGUCCUAUCUAAUCUAAAACAUUCAAGAGAGUUAGUGAGACAGAAGGCUGUGCUAUGUUUACAUCAGUUCCAGUUACUUGCCCCUGAUUUGUUGGAACAUAGACAGGAGGAUUUAGAGAGAAUGUUGUAUGAUAAAGAUCCAGGUGUCAUGGCAGCAGCUGUUCAUAUCAUUCAACAUGCUAUAGAGAGAGACCCUACAAGAUGUCAAAGAUUUGGAGAGACUCUAGUGUCUAUACUCACACAGAUUUCUUCACACAAAAUGGCGAGCAUGUUUGAAUAUCAAUCUGUGCCGUUUCCAUGGUUACAGGUUCAGAUAAUUAAAUGUCUGACUAAACUUGCCAAACAGGAUGAAAGCUUUGCUGCAAGCCUGGUACCAUUUUUGAAGGAAAUAUUACAAAGAACAAGCAGAAAAGAAAUGAUUGCAUUAUCUAUAGUAUAUGAAUGUUUGCAAUGUAUACUGAGUAUCAACCCACCAAAACAUCUAUUAGAUGUAGCUGCCGUGAAUAUCAGAGGCUUUAUAUUGUCUAGCAAUGCUAAUAUGAAAUUUAUAGGUGUAAAGUUACUGACCAUGUUGGUGAGAGUGAACCCAAAAUACGCGUUUGAUUAUCAACAGCUUAUUGUUCAAUCUUUGGAUAAUCCUGAUACGAAUGUUCAACGAAAGACACACAAACUGUUGUACGAGAUAACCAACGAGACAAAUGUGACAACGGUUUGUGCCAAACUAUUUACCCAAUUACAGACAUCUUCUGAUAAAUUCUGGAGGUCAGAGGUCAUCACUAUGGUACUUAAUAUUCUAGAGAGGUAUGAUGGUGAUGUUGGAUGGAGAGUAGAGAGAUUGUUUACAUGUUUACAGCUUGGAAAUGACAUAAUAGAAGAUACAACGCUGAAAUCAAUGAUGUGUUUGAUAGAAGAAAAAUUUAUGUUGUAUGGAGCAGAUGAGAGAAGACAGAAGUUACUGGUUCAGAAAUGUGUGGAAGUUCUUGUAAAUAAAAAUUCUCCAACUACCAGCCUGCAUAUAGCAACAUGGGUUUUAGGAGAGUUAUGUCCCAUUUUAAAGAAUAUGCCAGAUGACAAAGUAAUCUCCCUUUUUACACGUCAUCUGGGUAAUGAGAAGCUUGGAUAUUCGACACAGAGCUGUAUUGUAACUGCAUUACAGAACCUUGUGAUAAAAGGGGUUGUUAAUUGUGAUAAUAUGUCAACAAAAAUAAAUGAGUGUUUAAUGGAACAGCUACCUAUAGUGAUAAAACAGAGUCUUUCUGUGUUACUAGGGGUGUGUAAAUAUGGUCUGACAAUUACCUUCAGUGGAAACAUUGAUACGACCUUAACCUUUUUGGAUGACCUUGUGACUGAUGACCUUGAACAAGGUGGAAAAGCUUAUAUACCUCCACAUCUGAGAGGUGUUACUUCAGAGCCCGAGGCUUCACCUGGUUUAUUCAGUGGUGUAAUGAGUGAACCAACUGGGCAAGAUGACACCUAUUCUAGUGGAAGACCUAGAACUGAAAGUAACUCUUCCUCAAUGAAAACAGCAGAAGAAAGUGAAAGUGUCCUCAAAGUACCAAGUGUAAAGAGGGUAUGGGGAAAACAGGGGAGAUUGGACAUUUCUCCUAAAACCAACAUGGAAACGUCUUCCUUAACAACAAGUGUUCAGACAGAGGAGGAGAAGAGACAGCAAGAACUUGCUUCAGCAUUAUUUGGAGGAUUCCAGUCUACUGAAGAAAACGAUGUAGAAGAGUUAAGCGGGUUUCUUUCCGGCUCCUCGGACACGGCUAAUUGGAGAAAUCUUCAUACCUCGGCCACUAGAACAAAUACUAUAGAACAAUCAACUGAACAAUCUACAUGUAUAGGCCAGCAGGAUUUGUGCAAUGACAAAAUUUCAGAUAUAGAAACAGUGAAGAAUACUGCUCAAGAUAGCUUUACGGAUAACAGUAGUAGUUGUGACACAGGUUUACUACAUGUAGAUACAGAACACAUCAGUAUUUUUAGUGAAAGUGAAACACUAGUACAAGUAGAGCAAAAAGAACCGUUGUUUGGUAAUGGAAAUAACUUUGGAGAAAAUUCUUUAGAUUGUUUUGAUAUCAAGGAUAGGGUAGAUGACAAGGAUAAAGCAAUUUCUAGUGAUAAUGAUUUAGAGCAGGCCUUUUCUGCUCUCUUUGAUAGUAGGUCUAAUGAAAGUAAAGGAAUGCAGGCCAGUGGUGUUGACAAGUCCAUUGUGCAGACAGAAUUUGGUGCUUCUUCAGAACAGAUUACUGGUUCUAGAGAAAACACAGAAAAUGGUAUAGGGGGUGUAGAUAAUAACAAUGAACUAAGAACAAAUAAUUCAAUUUAUGAUGAAACUUGGUGACCUGAAUGAUUUAUGGUAUAUUUUUGGUUGUAUUGCUAAAAUAGAAAACGGCCAAAUUUAAAAGGCGGGUAUGAGUGUAUUUCCAUAUCUUCCAUUUUAUCAGACAUAUGAAAUUAAAUUUUAGAUUUUUAACUUUUAUAGUAUUUGUUUGUAUAAGAAGUCGUUACAGAUAAGGAAAUGAAAUUGUUUUACAAAUUAUAACUAAAAUUUUCAGUGCUUUAUUUUAUAUA